UAACAUUAAUCAUCAACCUUAAUCAGCUAAUUAAAACUAGAUAACCCCCUCAACUUCUUCACUACUAUAUGCAUUCUCUGUGUUUCCGUUUGAUAAUCUCACCAAAAGACUAUGAAAAAAACAAUAAAUAUUCAUCUUUUUGUUCACAAAGUAUAUGUAAAGCAAGCUUUUCAUCUUCAGAAUACAUUAGAUUUGAUGCCAAGAAUGAUAACAUGAGUGAUAAAACAUAUUAUUAUAGAAAAGGAGGAAGAGGAGAUGUGUUAGGAGAUGGGAUUAAUGCUAUUGGAGUAGAGAAAAAGGUUCCAUGUGAAGUGGAAGUAGUGUCUUGGAGAGAACGUAAAAUUAAAGCUGAGAUAUUGGUGAAUGCUGAUGUUGAUUCUGUUUGGAAUGCUCUUACUGAUUAUGAAAGGCUUGCCGAUUUCGUCCCAAAUCUCGUUAGCAGGGAUAUACUUUGCACUACAUGCUGAAGCAUGAAUUACUUGUUAAUCACAGUAGGAGAAUUCCUUGUCCACGUCCUGGACGUAUUUGGUUGGAGCAAAGAGGUAUCCAACGAUCGCUUUAUUGGCACAUAGAAGCUCGCGUUGUUUUGGAUCUCCAAGAAUUCAUUAAAUCGGAUAAUGUUCGUGAACUCCAUUUCUCUAUGGUUGACGGUGACUUCAAGAAGUUUGAAGGCAAAUGGUCUGUGAGAGCUGGAACAAGGUCUUCAACAGCUAUACUAAGUUAUGAAGUUAGUGUCAUACCAAGAUUCAACUUUCCUGCCAUUUUCUUGGAGAGGAUUAUCAGAUCAGAUCUCCCAGUAAAUCUUCAAGCCUUGUCCUGUAGAGCUGAAAACAGUUAUCAAGGGGAUCAGAGUGUUUCCCUCACUUGUGCUGAUACCAAAGAAGAACCCGGUUCUUCCCUUAUUUCCUCUAAGAGAGAUAUUGAUAGUGUCAUAUCGCAUGAGAAUAUAUCUUCCAGUGAUAAAUUAAAGGACAAGUUUGUCAAAGCCACUUUUGGCCCGUUGGCACCAGCUACAAGUGAUGCGAGUAAUAAUUGGGGAAUAUUUGGGAAAGCUUGCAGACUUGACAAGCCAUGUGUGGUGGAUGAGGUCCAUCUCCGAAGAUUUGAUGGUCUACUGGAAAAUGGAGGUGUUCAUCGCUGCGUUGUUGCUAGUAUUACAGUAAAAGCUCCAGUCCGUGAAGUAUGGAAUGUCUUGACUUCUUAUGAAAGUCUUCCCGAGAUAGUUCCAAAUUUAGCAAUCAGUAAGAUCUUAUCCCGAGACAACAACAAAGUUCGCAUUCUUCAGGAAGGAUGCAAGGGUCUUCUAUACAUGGUACUCCAUGCACGUGUCGUUCUAGACUUAUCGGAACAUAUAGAGCAAGAAAUUAGCUUUGAGCAGGUGGAAGGAGACUUCGAUUCUUUUCAAGGAAAAUGGAUCUUAGAGCAAUUAGGAAGUCAUCAUACUCUAUUGAAGUACAGUGUGGAGUCAAAAAUGCACAAGAAUUCAUUUCUUUCUGAAGUAAUUAUGGAAGAGGUCAUAUAUGAGGACCUUCCCUCGAACUUAUGUGCAAUCCGAGAUUACAUUGAGAAAAGAGAGACUGAGAAACCACUUGAGAAAUUUAACCAUGAUGUAUGCAGAGAGGCAUCUGUUAGUUCAUCAAUCAAGGAUUCGUCUGUUUAUUAUGAUAGGCCAGCUGGACAGAAUUCAGAAAGUAGUAGCUUACAUUCACCUAGACAAAGGCCGAAAGUUCCGGGGCUGCAGAGGGAUAUUGAAGUUCUCAAAUCUGAGCUCUUGGCUUUUAUAUCUGAACAUGGACAGGAAGGAUUUAUGCCUAUGAGAAAGCAACUCAGGAAACAUGGAAGAGUGGAUAUUGAAAAGGCGAUUACUCGCAUGGGAGGUUUUAGAAGAAUUGCUUCAUUGAUAGAUCUCUCUCUUGCUUACAAACACCGCAAACCGAAAGGUUAUUGGGAUAGCUUGGAAAAUUUACAAGAGGAGAUUGGUCGCUUCCAGAAGAAUUGGGGAAUGGAUCCAUCAUAUAUGCCCAGUAGAAAAUCAUUUGAACGUGCAGGUCGCUAUGAUAUUGCUCGUGCAUUAGAAAAAUGGGGUGGCCUUCAUGAAGUUUCUCGUCUUCUGACACUUAAGGUAAGGCAUCCUAACAGACAAGCAAGCCUUGCCAAAGAGAAGAAAGUUGAAUUGUUAGCUAAUGAUGUAAAUUGUGAAACGACAUCGUCUAAACCUUUUGUUGCACAAGAUGCAAAAAAAUGGCUCAUGAAACUCAAGGACUUGGACAUAAAUUGGGUGGAAUGAGUAUUGAAUUCUGUUUCCCUAUGCUCUUAAAAAGACAACUAAUUGUGUCAAAUGUACAGAUAUCAAUGGAAUAUGCUUCAAUUCAAACUAAUUUGAGCCGUCU